CUCAGUUUAUACUGCAACAGGCAAUACCUAAUUCUAAUAAAAAAGAAAUAUUGAAAAUGAAGGGUGGGUUUUCAAGGAUGAUGAACCACUAAAUAUAUAUUUGCCAUCUCAUAUGCAAAAUACUGUACCUAGUUUUUACUCAAUAAAAUAAGAUUCUUCAUAUUUUCAAGCUCCCCAGUAAUGAAAGUGUUUCAUUAAAUUUAACUGUUUCACAAUAUCAUUUUGAUUUGUAGUUCAUCUUGUGAAAUAUGUAUGUGACAAAGUUUGCGGCCCGCCGGUCCUUCAAAUUUAUGCUUGCGGCCCUCGUGGUAAUUUGAGUUGUGCAGGCCUGUAGUAGACUGUAAUUAUACAUAACAUCAUAAGGGGUACUGUAACCAAUUUACAGACUUUUUGGCUCCACAGACAUUUGGUCAGAAGGAUUUUUCUGGUCACUAGCUGGCAUAUAACAGUAUCAGUUACGACUUCGACUUGCAAUUGCUGUGGUAGUAUAGGAAGUUGCUGUGAGAGUAUAGGAAUAUAUAAAUACACAAAUAUUUAGAGAUUUAUUUACAGAUAUUUAUUCACUAUAGUAGCGACUGACCUACAGCUUCAGUAACCCUAACUAUGCAUCUGGUAACUUUAACUAUGUAAUAAAUCUACAUGUAUUUAUAUUAUUAUUUUUAAACAACUCCCACUGUUCCAAGGGAAAUGGAAAACAAAAUCAUAACUGAACCGCCCUGUGGUCUAAACAGUCCGUGGGGCGAGAAGUCUAUUUAACGUUAACUUACUUGCGGGACAACUAGGGUUAGUUAUCUCCUUUGUCACUGCCGAUGUGUUUGUGUAUCUGUAUGUAUGAAGUUUGCCAUAAUGAAAUAUUUAUCUAUAACACCUUUGAUUGUGAAUCUGACAGUCUAUUUUUUUUUAUUGUGCAAUGAUAAAUGUCCACCAUUUUUAAAUCUCUGAAAUUGGUACUAUGAAACAAACAUGUUACAUAUUGCUAUUUUAUAUGAAUAGUAAUUUUUGUCAUGUUCUGACAUAAAUGAUUAUGAACCAUAAUAUUGUAGAUAAUGGUUGAUCUAAGGUUUAUAAUACCUAUCUUUUAAAGUUCAAACUUUUCUCAAUAGCAAGGAUUCCAUUUAUUUUGAUUGGUAAUUUUGCUGCAAAGGUCUUAAUGAUUAACUUUUUGGUGCAUAGGUUUAAUGAUGUAUCAUAGUUUCUAUCCUCUGUUGGUGAUAGCUUGUUCAUGGAAUUUAUAACAUCGGUUAAUAAUAAUCGGUGUCUCAUGAAUUUUUUUAUCUUCUAAUCAAUAGUGAUAUUCUACUUUAUUUCUAGAACCUGGAGAUCUCCUAAUCCAAAGAGUGAUAUUUUUAGCAUUGUCUUCAUUUUAUUGAAUGAUAAAUAUUGAAUUCGUUUUUCAGACUAUGGAACUUAGACUCAAGUUAGUUGUAAUAUUUGUUGUAGGAGUUUACUAAUGGUGGUAUUUUGAUAUAAUAUAUAUUUUUUGUGAAUUUUCGCAAUCAAGUUUCUAGUCUGAAUGACGCCGAUGAUGAAAUCACCCUCUGAUCAUGCUGUUGACACUUCCAUGUCAGAUCCCCAACAGCAGCGUCAAACUUACAAUAUUCCUGAAAAAUCAGAAAUGUAUGGAAUGCGGUCUAAAUAUGGCGGUUCACCUUCCAUGUCACAAGGUAGCAACAGUUGGUCUGAUGUCCCACAACAGAGUAAUCAAAUAGACCAGAGUUUUCAACCUUCACCAGCGAAUUCAUCUAAUUCUCAGUAUAAUAUGGAACAGCAACCCAUAGAAAACUCACAGCCUAACUCUGUGAACUCUAAUGGAAUCAGUGGUGCAGCCGCUGCCGCUGCAGCUGCGAUGGCGGCUGCUGCCCACAGUGCUAAAACCAAUUCCGUCUACCACAAGCUACCCGGUCCGGCGAUACUGCCAUCUCAGAAUCCUACGAUACCCAUGCAUGGCCAGCAACAACCACAACAACAACAACAACCACCACAACACAUGCCACCACCGAUGCAACACAGAAUGCCCUUUCAUCCUAAUUAUUCUAAUGUGCAGCAAGCUAACAUGGGUAUGCAGUCACAACCUCCUCAUGACCCGGCUGCUUAUCAAAACCAUUCAUUUGGAGGUUACCAUCAUCCACCUCCACCAAGACAACCCAUGAUGCAGAGAGUUAUGCCACCAGGCGGGCACCAAUAUCCAACAGGUCAUAUGCCCCAAUGGAGAGACCCCGGAAUGCAACCGACUAAUUCUCCAGAUAUGCGAAUGAGAUAUGUUCCACAUGGUUAUGAUGACCGUCCACAUCCUUCAUAUCACCCACAUCUAACCAUGACAAAUGCAGUGGGUCCAAUGGAGAACAGUAUGAUGCAUGAUGUUGAUGACAUGAAGCCUAAGAUUUCUGCCUCAGGAGCAAGGUCAUCAUCACAGAAAUUAUCAGCACUAUAUGACCCACCCGAUGAACCAGGAAGAAAAGAAUUUGUAGAUAGGGUCUUACAAUAUUGGGAAGAGAAGGAAUUACCACUAAAACAUGCACCUUUGAUGGGACGACGUACUUUGGAUUUAUUUACAUUAUAUCAACAUGUCAAGAAAAAGGGUUUUAUGCAAGAGGUUACCAGGUCAAAAGAAUGGACAGAAAUAUCAAAUGCAAUGGGUUUGGGAAAUACUUCAGCUACUGGCUUCACAUUGAAAAAACAAUACUGCAAGUAUUUAUAUGGCUUCGAAUGCAGAUUUGAGCGGGGUGAGCCUGAACCCCAAGAAGCUCUUGCUAGGGUUAUCGAAGCAAAUAGAAAAAAGAAACAAGCUGACCAACAACAACAACAAGUGAAGAUGGGAGAAAAUAAGCCGAUGAACCCUGCAAUGAUGAGGCCACCACACCCAGGAGUUCACCCUGAUAUGCAGCGUCAGGUUCACCCACCCAAACAAUACUUACCAUCUUCUCAAAUGGAUCCGUACUCUCAACAUCGUCGCAGAGUCAUGCCUGGCAGUCACAUGGAACCUAAUAGUGUACCAUACAUGCAAAUGCCUAAUCAUGGAAUGCCAUAUGUUCAUGGUCAACAUGGUCAAUAUAGACAUGACCCAUCAAUACCCCCUACGUCUUAUGGGCACCCGCAACAACUGCAGCAACAACAAUAUCGCGGUGAUCAAAUGCUGUACCGUGCAAACAAUGGAUAUAUUAACCAGGCUCAAACAGAUCCUAACCAGACUUUGCAACUUCAUCAGGAGGCAAUCAGACCACCAGGUCCUGUGGUGUCUUUACCAAUAUCAAAUAUCAACAGUCCUUAUUAUCGUGAUGGCCCACGACCUGCUGAAAGCAUGGCACCGUCUCUCAAUCCUAAUUUGAGUGAAUCGAAUGCUUUUCCUGUUCCGAAUGCAGACUCUGCUAAUCCACACCUUACUGAUUGGCCGAAACCUGCAUCAGUUAUGUCAGGGAAUGAUAGUGGAGGAGGGGCUGGUACUUCUGAAAAUGUACAGACAUCACUAGAUGAAACAACAACUGUGUCCAGCACUCAGGAAAAUGAUGUCAAGUCAGAUGCUACUCAUUUUCCAUCAACAGCUUCUACGCCCAAACCUACAGAAACUACGGAGUCUAAUCUUCCAAACACUGCACCGUCGACACCUGCUCUGACAUCGUCUUCCAGCUCUACACCAGUUCCAUCCACCAGUAAUACUGGUGACACACAAAACAAGGACAUUGUAUAUACAUCUGAAGAUAUGAAAGCAAUAAUCACAAAAAGUGAACUAAUGUCCUCACCUUCUCAAUCACCUCAAACAACAACACAUCCUUUGCAUCAGAAGUCUUCUGAGAAGGCAGUUGAUCCAACACAACAGCUACAACCAUCUCAGCCCCAGAUGCCAAAUCAAUUUGGUCUUCCUCCAAAACCCCAGAAUACAAUGAAACAAGAGAUGAAUCGUCCUGUUCAUGCCCCGUCCCCUCUGAGUUCUUAUCCAUUUGCAGCAGGAAGUCCAAUGCCACAAAGUUCCCCCCGGCCUUUUAUUGAUAACCGUACAAAGAUGGAACGGCCAAUGCAUCCUGGAAUGUAUGCUUCUCAGCACCCAUAUCAUCAGCAGCCACCUUAUCGCGGAAUGACUCCAAUGCAGCACAGAAUUGGUUUUGGUAAACGAGCAUCUCAGUCAAUAGAGACUUACGGGCCACCAAAUAAAAUGCCUAGAUCAGACAUGGGACAUUAUCCGGAUGGGUAUCAGGGCCCACCUGUACGACCUCCAUCACAAGGAAGCGAAAUGCAUCAAUAUCCAUAUAAUAGAAGUUCAAUACAACGACCAGUGCAUCCAGAGGUUGGUCAUUUUGGUCCUCAGCCAAUGUCGUCCCAUCCUCAAAACUACCAUCAUUAUACGAAACAUGUCCGUCCACCUGGCCCACAUGCGGACCCAGUGUCGCCAUACCUAAAUACUCAAGCAGUUCAACAGACGAGGCAGCGUGGAUCAGCAACAAUGGGUACAUCAGAUUCUGCCUCGAAAUUCUUGCAAGGUCUCGUCAAAGAUUACUCACCUUCCUCUCAACAACAUCAUUCUAAUGAUCUGUCAACAAUACAUAGAAGUUCAUCUUCUCGUUCCCACCCACAGUCUAGCCACAAUGUACGUAACAGUCAACAUCAACAUCCAUUUAGUAGUCAGCAACAAAGUGGUUCCUCAAGCACACAUGGUCCGUUAUUUCCACCAGGCUGCGUUGAAGCCAUUCAACCAAGUUUUGCCAAUUUCAGAGAAAAGACAUGUCAAGAUGUUGGAGUAAUAGAAGCAUGGAAAGUAGUAAUGUCACUAAAGAGUGGUCUUCUUGCUGAAAGUACAUGGGCACUGAAUGCAUUGACUAUUUUGCUUCAUGACCAAAACACAAUUCGCCAUAUUGUGCUUCAUCAACUUCCUGGACUGUUGCAUACAGUCAUUGAACACUACAGAUGUUGUCUUCAUGAACUGUUUGCCAUAAAUAAGGAAACUGGCAAUAUCGAACCAGAUUGCAGUGAUGAGGUCUCAACAAAAGAUGACAGUCUUGGUACGUAUAGCUCGGACAGCAUUUCUAAACACAAGGCAAAUUGCUUUGCAAAGCCCACAUUGGAUGGCAAAUAUUUUCCUGCACCGUCUAAUUUACAGAGUCCGUUCAAUAAAUGUACUGUGAAAAUGUCCAUUGAGAGUGAAGAAAACACCUCCUUGCGGGAAGAUGAGUGGAGUGAAAAUGAGGAGGAAUUGACCAGCGAGCGGCUCCAUAUUAUUCCAAGUUUCAGUGGAAAUUCAGUUUUUGAAUAUGCAAAAAAUGAUGUUUGUGCGCCUAUUUCCAGUAAUGCAGAAGAACAUGCCGCUGAAGUUACCCUUGAAGAUAUGUUAUCUGUACAUAAUAACGAUAGAUGUCUGUCACCGAAUAAGCUUGAUGACUUUAGUGAGGAAUGUUCACUUCCAUCGCACUCUGAAUCUAAUGUUAAAGAGAGUAUUUGCAACACUAAGAUUUUGAGAACAACUGGAACAUUUUCAGAUUCUGAAAAUCCAGACAAUUUGUUUGCUGCUGAUGAAGAUAAAGCUUCUCACAUACAGUCUUGUCUUGAUAGAAUUUCUUGGAAAUGCAAUGUUGUGCUUAUGGAAGAUGAAGCAACAGGUUUUCCUGGAAAUUCUGGACUUCUAAUACCCUAUAGCAAGGGUGGGAGAUAUUUUCUUUCCAGUGGUGGGGAGCAUAUUUUUCCUAAGAAACUAAAAGAAAAAGAAUCUGAACUUGUUUCUCGAACUUUAUGUUUGUCCAACUUGAUCAGGGGUUUGUCUUGCGCGUUAUUCAACCAUGUAGAUCUUUGCACUCACGAAGAUUUUUUGAAAACAUUAGCGGGGACAUUGAUGCAAUGUCACAAGCAUAGGGUAAGACAUUUUAACUCCAGAAAACCCCCUCUGUUUAUGGAAUCUACAGAAACGCUUGUUGCCGAAGAAGGUAUUACAGAUACAAAUGCGGAAGAUGUGAAUACUUCCCUUCCUUGCCGAGAAGACACUAUAGGAAAAGUUUCAAAGAGUGAAAGUGUUCCAAAUAUAAAAGAAAAUUUAAAUGUCAAUGAUGCUUCUCAAAUAUUAAAUAAACGCCGCAAAAGGGUACUAAGUGUAACUCUGCAUGACUGUACAUUAUCUAUGCCUGAGCUACAGAAUCAAGUUAAUGGAAUAUCCAGUGAUACUCCUCGUUCAGAUGAAGAUGAAAUCCAGUCUGAAAUUGUCACCAAUAAAAAAUUUAAUUCCACCAGAAAGAAGUCAUCGCACCCAGAUGAACAGUUGCCAUGUUCUGACAAGAAGACUAAUAAAAAUAAUAUCAUAAAGGAUACACGUGUUGCUGCAAUAAAUGGUGAAUGUUUGGCAGAAAAACAACUGCAAAAUGAAAUAAGGCCGAUUGAGCAUGAAGACACCCACCAAAAACUUGCAAAUGAAACUGUGAAGUCUAUAUCGAGUUGUAAACAUGAGGAUCAAAAUGAUAAAAUAGAGCAUUUAGAUGACAAUGAUCAAGUUUCCGAAAUCAAGCAUGAGAAUGCACAAAAUGAUCAUAGUCGUAGUGCAAAAAUAUUGCUAAGCUCUACAGUACUUCAUGAAAACGCCAGUGACAGAGAAGAUGUUUAUGGGUUCUACAAUCAUCCAUGGUGGUGGGAAUGUGUGAGGCAGGUACGAGAAGAUUCCCUCAUCACACUUGCCAACCUGUCAAUGUCAAUGAAUUUGUCUCAAUUCACAAAUGAAAAUACAAUAUAUACCAUUAUCGACACAUGUCUACAUUGGUCAGUUUGCUCGUCCGCUGAUGCUCAAGAUCCAUUUCCCAGUAACAGUCUAAGAACUAUAUUAUCACCUCAGAGUCUCUGCGUUGAAAUACUGACAAAACUUAGCAUGAAAGAAGACAAUGUUGACCUCAUAUUAGCGACAAGACCAUACAGGCGAUUGGAAAAACUUUUUCAAAAAUUGACAAUAAUGGUUGGAAAUCGUAAAGACCAAAUGCUUAGGGAAUUUGCCAUUGUUCUGUUAUCGAAUUUCUCUGAAGUAGAGAGUGCAGCAAGAGCCAUUGCACUCCAAUCUGGAGCUAUUUCUAAUCUUCUGAGCUUUCUCGAGGAAUGUGAAGAAACAGGUUUAAAUAACCAGAGGAUGUUUCCUGCUGGUCAAGAGCUAAAUUGCGGUACAAUAUCAUACAUGAUGAAAAGAUGUGCAUUAACAUUACUGAGACUUGCUAGAAUUAAUGAAAACAGGCCCCUGUUCAUGAAGCACCAUCUUCGUUUACUGUCAUUAUCAAUGGCGGUUCUGUUAGGUAGUCCCGUUCUUUCUAUUCUCUCGUCCAUUCUUUAUGAAUUGAACAAUGAACUGCCAAACAGAUGAUUGAAUGAAUCUUACAAUAUUGGAAACGGUGACAUUGCAAUUCACGCUGGUAUAAGCGUGUACCAUUUUGUGGAAUUCCAACAACAAAUAAGAAUUCAUCUGAAAUGGGAUUCUUGUUAAACUGCGGAAGCGGACCUGACAAUGUUUACAAUGCCUGUUGGAGAGGGCGAAUUAUUCAUGCAGUAUACUUUUUCUUAUUACUAGGGACGUCGUGCAUUCCAAAUAACAUUAAAAUGUCAGUGAUUAUGUCAAUGCAAUGAAAAAAAUGAGGGAUGAAGAUGAUGCAGCAUUGAAUUUAUUUUCAUACUUUUUCUUGUUUGUUAUUGUCCGUCAAAUACUGAUUUUCAUACCAUGGUGAGGUUUCUGCCAAAACUUCCAAUGUGGCUUUAUCUAUUUCCUAUGUUCUGUAUAUGUUUGUACCUCAUUUGUGGCAAAUAAAGUAUUUGGAAUUGAAGCGGGAA